GGAGUUUUUCCUUGUAUUUCCUUUUUCCCGCAAACAACAGUUAGUAUUCACAGAAUACGUAAGAAGAUAUAUUACAGAGAAGUCUUUGGUUUUUGUUUUCUUCCUCUCUCGAUGGAAAAUUUCGGGAUUUUUGACAUUAAUUCGGACGGAGGGUUACACGAAACACCGUCCGGGUAGAAAGAGGAGCUCUAGAGACAGACGGGAUGUGAUUUUUAUUUCUAAAACAGAAGAGCAGUUUUCAAAGAAAGAAGUGCAUCUUAAUGCGGCCGGGCCUCAUUUUAAGGCCGGGGGCUCUUUAUUUGCAGACUGGACUCAAGUCUUUUGGCCAAAGUACUGCCGUGUGCCUUCUGGAAGCUUUGUGAGCUGAAAUGUCUGAUUAGUGGAAAAUUAAAUCACUGAUAAUUUCACUCAUGGAGCACAAAAGAAGCAGAAUGAAUGACAGUGAAGAGUUAAACUGAAGAGGAUUAACAUCAGACAUGACUAGGAAACAUAAACUGGACACAUCACUGUUUACCUGUGAGUCCAAAGACCGCUCACCUGAAACCAUCACUGCUCCUGUCUCCAAUACAACAGGCCCAUGGACUCACAGAGGAACCUGAAAGGUUUGUUCGAUUUUAACUUAAUUAGGUAAGACAUGAUCCUCAUUUCUCUUUUUCUUUGGGUUUACUUUGUUGCUGUGUUCAGGCAGAAUCAGCCCAAGCCUCAAUGGGACUCUGAGCAAAAUUUGAUUUGGGGGCCCUCUAUUCCUGCCAAUAAUAUUGAUUGUGGAUCAUUCACACACCUACUACAGUAUAAAUUUAAUGAGCCUGACAUGUCUUUACACAUUUAAGGGGGCGGCCUCAGUGCACGUUGCACAGCAGGAGGCACAUAACGGUAGAGGAGAUUUGACAUAUCGGCAGGAAGAAUCAUAGGCCUACAUCAGCAACAGCACUACAACAUUUUUAUUUUAUUUUUACAAUAAUAUAUAUUUGAUCAUACAGAAAGCAUCACUCAUACAUGCAAAAAAUAAAAUAUAUUUAAAAUUUUUUUUUUAUUGCUCUUGGGGACCCCCUGCUGGCUGCGGGGCCCUGAGCAGGCGCUUAGUUCGCUUAUGCCUUGGGCCGGCUCUGGUGAUUGACCUCGAAAGAAGGAGGCUGUGAAUGUGUUUCCAACUUUAAUAAGAGUUUUUUUGUGAUUUCAGUAAGAUUGGUAAAAUCAAAACCACCGAUUGAAAUAAAAACUACUCUAGAGAGAAGAGUGUGCAAAAGAGCUGCUCUGUUACUGAAUGUGAUUUAUUAGUUUCCAUCCCUGGUCAUAACUUGGCCGUAUAAUCUUUGGUCUUUAUUAACUGUAAAAAGUGAAAUAAUAAAGUCAUAAAUUUGUAGAUUUCCUGGGCUGAUAUGAACACAGAAAUAACUGAAUGUUGAACUUUUGUCCGCCUCAUAUCAAGUCAAAGUCAAAGUCAAAUUUAUUAUCAAAUAUGCUUUACAUGUUAAACAUACAGCAGAGAUGAGUCCUCUCAGACCCACGGUGCAUAACAAUAAAAUAUAAGAAUAAAACUAUGAAAGUAUAAAUAUAGAAUGAACAACUAAGCUGAACAAAAGACUGUCUUGAAUACUCACAUCAAUUUACAAAAUAAAGAUAACAGUAUAAACAGUGUAACAGUAUAAAUAUAAGGAGGAAGGUGAGUGGAAGAAGUUGAAUGUAAGCAGUAUGGCAGUCCUGAUGUGGACAUAAAAGUUCAAAUAUGGCGAUAAUACUAAUAAUUCUGUGUUUACUCUUACAGGGCGUCCACAUUUCAGACCAAUCAGCUCUAACAGAUGUGGUCUUCUCCCCGCAUUCAAAACAACUCAUGUUUACCAGGAAGUGCCAUGACACCAAAUCAUAAUGACUGGAUAUGAGCGCCAAUGUGCUGCGAUGGUAGCUGAGGUCUAAAUAGUGCAGGAAGGAGUGAGAGUGAGCGGCAGUAUGGCGGUGAGAAGAAAGUUUGAUGUGGAAUUCAAAGAGAAAGUUUUACAAUAUGCUGAAGAACAUUCUGGAGAACAAGCUGCACGGUUCUUCAACGUCGACCCGAGGAGAGUCCGCUACUGGAAGAAGCAGAAGGGUGAGCUGCAGCGGGCCGAUAAAAACAAAGCACGACUUGAUGGAGGAGGAAGGAAAAAGGUCAGCGUGGAGCUGGAGACCAGGCUGGCUGAGUGGAUCCACAUGAUGAGGGACGGACAAAACCACGUCUCCAGAAAGAUGAUCACAAAAAAAGCUCUGGAGAUCUACUCCUCUGUGGCUGAUGGAGAGAAAGGCUUUGUGGCGAGCAGAGGCUGGCUGCAUCGAUUUCUCCAGCGUAACGCCCUGUCGCUUCACCAACGCAGCGCAGUGACCCAGAAAGAUCCGGUUAUUACAAAGGCUCUAAAGCAGCUCCGACAGCGGGGUCAGGAGGGUUCCAUCACAGCGCCACUAGAUGAAGAGGAGGACCAGGAGCUUCUUCACACUGACCUCUCCGUGAACACUGAUGAGGACGGUGAGGAUGGCGAGGAAGGUGAGUAGGCGGUCACUCAAGGUGUUUUUCAUCAACCUCAACACCUCAGACCUAAGAAUGAAUCUGAUUAUAUUUUAUUUUAUUUUAUUUCAGUCAUGAGAUGAAACCAAAGUUUGAGUUUGUUAACCUGAACAAGGAGUUAAAAACACAGAACAUGAGAGUUUUCACAGAAAACUGUCCGUGUGGUUCAUUUCAUUCCACCAAACGAGACGUAGCUGCUGGUUUUUGGUGGUCCGAGUGAUGGAUCCAAAAAGCGCUCGAGAAUUUCUAAAAUCUAAUGAUGAUCACCAUGAACGUGAACAAACCCAAUUAAGACUGUACAGACCCCCAUACUUUCAAAUCACUCCUAAAAACACACCUUUUUAAAUUGGCUUUCAACCUGUGAACAGUUUUCUUAUUCUCUUUUCAUCAUGUGUCUUUUUUAACCUUUUACAUUGUUGGUUUCAUUUCUUAAAAUUUUCUGUAUUUUAAAUUAUGUUUUUUUUUUGUAAAGCCUCUUCAAGCACCUGUAAAAACAUGUUAUAAAUCAAAUGUAUUAUUUUUUGUAGUAUUAUUUAUUUAUUUUAUUAUUAUCAUUAUUAUUAUUGUAAUUAUUAUUAUUAUUAUUUUAAACGCAGCGUUCAACACAAAGACGAUCAACAAGCUGCUCACAUUUCAGGGGAUUAUCCCAUUUUUUAAACUUGUUCUGAACCUGCUGUAGCUGAAUUGUUUUUUUUUUAAACUUAUCUUUAUUAAUUUUAUCACUUCUGAACAAAGAGGUGGGAACUUAAUAUCAGCGAAUAAAGUUCCCAAACCUCAAAGAUCCUGAUAUCUUUAGAGGAAAUACACCUGAGGUGAGCCUCCUGAUGAUACUCUGUUUUUGGACUAUCUUACACGGCGGAGCGAGUCUUCUGCAGGAUCAGAGACCGCCGUCUCAGCAGGUUCAUCAGACUGAAGGUUCCCACAGGAGGUUGUGAAACAGUCCGACUCAGUAACAGUGUCUCCGUCUCUGUUCCUCUCAGUCUUUUCUGUCCCGUCUCUGGUUCUUCUGAUCAUCUUCACAUCUAUCUUUAAAGGUCACCGUGUUCAGUCCUGAUCAUCACAACGUCAGAUUUGAACUCACAGCCCCUCCUGAUCUGUCUUUUGUUUUGUUGUGUUUCCCUCAGAUGUCCAGAAGCUUAAUGCAUCUGAUGACCAGCAGGAGAGGAUCCUCAGUCCAGACCAGAAGCACAGCAGGUCCCCCCAUACUGAAGAUGAACAGCGAGACCUCUUGAGCUGUCAUGGAGAAGAUCUACUUCAGGGAUGGGAUCAGACUGACGUCAGAAAAACGCCUUUAGCUUCUGUCCCCGUGGAGGUAGAGGAUGAGGAGCAGAAGUUAGGCAGUUUGGGGGUGAGAAGAAAGUUUGAUGUGGAAUUCAAAGAGAAAGUUUUACAAUAUGCUGAAGAACAUUCUGGAGAACAAGCUGCACGGUUCUUCAACGUCGACCCGAGGAGAGUCCGCUACUGGAAGAAGCAGAAGGGUGAGCUGCAGCGAGCCGAGAAGAGCAGAGCCAGACUUGUUGGAGGAGGGAGGAAGAAAGUGAGUACAGAGCUGGAGACCAGACUGGCUGAGUGGGUCUGGACGAUGAGCGACCGAAAAAAACGCGUCUCCAGAAAGAUGAUCACACGAAAAGCCCUGGCGAUCUACUCCUCUGUGGCUGAUGGAGAGAAAGGCUUUGUGGCGAGCAGAGGCUGGCUGCAUCGAUUUCUCCAACGUAACGCCCUGUCGCUUCACCAACGCAGCGCAGUGACCCAGAAAGAUCCGGUCCAGCUCACAGAGGAGCUGGUUUCCUUCGUUGGCUAUGUGAGCCACAUCGUCAGCUCCAAGAAGAUUUUAGACAGAGAUAUUAUCGCCAUGAACGAGACGGCUGUGUGGUUUGACCUGAAUCCUCCCACUGCUGCUGCUGGACAAAAGAGCGUCCCGCUGAAAGACAUGAGACAUGGGAGAAACCAUCUCACUGUCGUCCUGGCUGCUAAAGCUGACGGCACCAAACUGGAGCCCUACAUCGUGUUCAAAGGGAAGUCAGUGCAGUUAGAGAUGACCGCUGCAGUUAUGGCCUCCUCUGUGAACGGCUGGAUGGAUGAUUCCCUCACUGCAGGGUGGCUCCAGUCUGUACUGGGUAAGAGGAGCUCCACGCCCCGGCUGCUGGUGUGGGACUCAUACCGCUGCCACAUCAGUGCUGCCACCAAAGAGGAGCUCGAGUCCGGCUACAAUAUCGACACAGCGGUGAUCCCACCAGGCUGCGCUAAAUAUAUACAAGCCUCUGAUCUGAUGUGGAUCCAGCCCUUUAAGAGAAGCCUACAGGAGGCCUACACUCAGUGGGUGAGUGGGGGGGCAGGCAGAGGACUCACAAAUGAAGAUCCUCCUCACCGACAGCUGGUGGAGUGGGUGGUUUCUGCGUGGGAUAAACUGGACGAUGAAACGAUAAGGACGUCGUUCCGAGUGUGUGGGCUGGCCUUGAAAAGUGACGGGAGUGAAGACCACCUGAUCCACUGCUUUAAGGAGGGACAGCCCUGCUCCUCUGGACGAGAGGCUCUAAAGCAGCUCCGACAGCGUGGUCAGGAGGGUUCCAUCACAGCGCCACUAGAUGAGGAGGAGGAUCAGGAGCUCUUUUGUAAUGAACUGGUGGUUGUUGGGGGUGAAGAGGACAGUGAGGACGGCGAGGAAGGUGAGUUAGAGGAUGUUUGUUUUUUCCACACACAGAAAUCUGAACUCUAUCCUGUUUCUCUGCAGUUUGGGUUGUGCUUGUUUAUUAUUGUUCAAUCAAAGUGUCCUUUAGUGCAGAUAUUAGUCUAUUAGCUUCAUCUCUGAAGUGUCCUGUGAGACAGCUAUCAAACUAAAAUGCAUCAAUCUUACAAUCUGAAAAUGACAAGUAUCACUACGUUAACUCACAGUUUCCCUCUGUGCAUCAUUUUCAUAUCGUAGAUUCUCCUACAGACGACCAGCAGCUAAAUGGAAGUUAUGAAGAGUCUUCAGAGCAGCAGGAGUCGAGCCAAAGUCUGGAUGAGGAGGACACUAAACCCCUGAGGAUUAAGGAGGAGCAGGAGGAAGAGGAGCUCCAAGGAUGGGAGGAAGUUUCUGUCACCUUCGUCCCGUUCGUUCAGGCUGCUGUGAAGAGUGAAGAUCAUGAGGAGACACGUGUGGUCAAGACCGAGGAUUCAUCUGCACCUGAGACUGAUGACCGUGGUAACUGGAGUAAGACAGCAGAACAGUGCUCAUGAUAAUCCUCUUCAACAUGAAUUAACUUUAGUUGAGAUGUUCUUCACUGAGCUGCUAAAAUUUGGUAAUUCAGUCACGAGGAGUUACCUUCAGGGAAGAAACAGAAACAAACACAUGUUGUGAUUUGACAGUAUAUGAAUAAAACUUCACUUUUAUGUGCUUUUAUUUCUGUUUCAUGCAGACGUCCAGCAGCUACUGGUGAUGAAAGAGGAGAUGAAUCCCAGUCUGGAUGAGGAGGACAUUAAACCCCUCCUGAUGAAGCAGGAGCAGGAGAUCCUCUGCUGCAGUUUGGAGGGAGAACAGCUUCAAGGAUGUAAAGUUGCUCGUAUCGCUUCUGUCCCAUUUGAGCCCGUUUCUGUGCAGAGUGAGGACGACGGAGAGAAACCUCGAUACUUACGGCUUCUUCAAACUGAACAGAUGGAAACAGAAGCUGAUGGAGGACCAGAACCAGUCAGGAACUCAGACCCCGAUAGACAACCUGUGAUUAAGGUCGAGAUCGAGGAAGAAACCUUCUCAAUCCCAUCUUUACAAUAAAAAACUGAAACAAUUAA